CCAGCAACCCCAUCUCAUAAGACCGCCGUUUCCUCCCCCAAACCUGGCGUUUAUCUCUCUAGAAUCGUCCUAGAAGACCCCAUUUCCGCCACUUCCGAAGCUAUCGAGAAAUGGGGUGCGGAGCUUCAAAGGUGGACAAUGAAGAGACGGUGAGUCGUUGCAGAGAGAGACGGCGCCUGAUAAAGCAAGCCGUUCGCUCUCGCCAUCAAUUGGCUUCCGCUCACUCCGAUUACCUCAGAGCCCUCCGCCUCACCGCUUCAGCUCUCACCCAGUUCGCCUCAGGCGAGCCAAUGGCGGUUUCCGGCCAAACUCCCGCCAUUGUGAUCCCCAAAACCGGAGGCUCCGUCGCCUCUGAGAAACCCAACUCUCUCUCUCAUCAAUCUUCAUCUUCUCUCUCUUCCUCCCCCACUUUCACCAAUUCCAAGGUACCCAACAAUCUCUCUCAUCCUUCUUCUCUCUCAUCGCCCAUCUCAAAUCCCAAGAAUCCUUUCAGUUUCUCUCGGGCCUCUUCUCUCUCCUCCGAUCCCAAUUACCAUCCUACCCCUCACGUGAAUCGGCAUCCGCCUCGCAGAGUACGGACUGGUUCGAACUUUUCCGGUACCCCUUCUCGGAAGAAUGGGGUCUCUGCAAAUUCUGAGAAGGCCCCAACAGAGAAAUCCUACAAUGGAAGGUUCAAUUCUCUGAAUUUUUCGGCCACCCCAUCUCAGACCUCGUCGAUUUGGAACUGGGAGGAUUUCUACCCUCCAUCGCCGCCUGGUUCUGACUACUUCAGGCAGAAAGAGGCGGAGAAAAAUGGCGGUUUCAGGCCGGAGAAUGGGCUUUCAUCGUCGCCUGGUUCUGACUAUUUCAGGCAGAAAGAAGCAGAAAGAAAUGGCGGUUUCAGGCCCGAGAAUGGGGUUUUUAAACACGAGGAAGAGGAGAGAGAAGAGAGAUGUUGCAGUGAAUGGGGCAGCUCAGAUGAAGACGAAGAAGGAGGAGGACAAGAAGAAGAAGAACAAGUAGAAGAGAAGGACGAGAAGUUGGGUUCCGAGAGAUCUUUUCCGGCGAGUUCAGGGACGUUUCCGGCAGGUUCAGGGGCUUUUCCGGCCGGUUCAGGCGUUUUCCCAGCAGGUUCAGGGGUUUUCCACGCUUUUCCAGGGGAUUUUCCGGCGGGUUCGGGGACUUUCCCGGUGGGUUCAGGGACUUUUCCGGAGAGCUCGGAGCAUUAUCCGGCUAGCUCAGAGCAUUAUCAUAUGGGUUCGGAUCGUUUUCCAGCAAGCUCAGAUACUUUUCCGGCAAGAUUUCUGGCAAGUGUCGCCGAGAAAAGUGAGGAGAAGGGAUUGGAAGAGUUGCAGGUGGUUGUGAGGCACAAGGACCUGGGUGAGAUUGUGAGGGCUUUGGAGGAGUGGUUUGAUAAAGCGGCAGAUGCAGGAAAAGAGGUGUCUGAGCUUCUAGAAACGAGCAGAGCUCAAUUUGAACAGAGUUUCAAGCAAUUGAGGAAGACGGUGUACCAUUCGAGCAGUGUAUUGAGCACUUUGUCAUCGAGUUGGACGUCAAAGCCGCCCCUCGCCAUUAGAUACACUCUCCAUCCUGAUUCCCUCCUUUUGUCAAGCACACAGACCAGCCAUUGCUCGACUUUAGAGCGCCUUCUAGCAUGGGAGAAGAAGCUCUACAAUGAAGUCCGGGUCAGAGAGGCGACAAAAAUCGAGCAUGAGAAGAAGUUAGAGUUGUUGAGGAGGCAGGAGGGUAAGGGGAAAGAUGAGAUUAAGUUGGACAAAACCAAGUCCUCCAUUAAGAGGCUGCAUUCCUUGAUUGUGGUUGCAACGCAGGCUGUUACUGCCACCUCCUCUGCCAUUGUAAAGAUACGUGAUGACGAGCUCGCCCCCCAACUCGUUAACCUAUGUUGUGGGUUGAUGCAAAUGUGGCAAGCAAUGAACCGUUGCCACGAGGCCCAAAACCGGAUUGUGCAACAGGUCCGUGGCCUCGAAAACCCACCUGUUGGGACCUCGACCUCCGACAUACACCGCCGUGCUACACUGCACCUCGAGGCUGCUGUCUCGUCUUGGCACUCAAGCUUCUCUCGGCUCACUCGCUACCAUCGUGACUAUGUUCGCGCUCUACACUCGUGGCUUCGCCUAACAAUCGCACACCCUGAAUUGACUCUAGCUCCUCCUAGCAGCCCAGCCCAAAUUCUCGAUAGUGCCCCUAACGAGGCAUCUCAAAUGUAUAGCCUUUGCGAUGAGUGGAAACAGGUAGCUGAGAGGGUUCCCGACACUGUGGCCUCUGAGGCCAUCAAGGGCUUUGCGAUUGUCGUCCACUCCAUAGCCAUGCGUCAAGCUGAGGAGCUCAAGUGCAAUAAACGUGCUGAGACUGCAGAGAAGGAGCUCGAGAAGAAGGCUUCGAAUCUUCGAAAUAUAGCGAGGAAGUUUUAUAACUCGUAUUCAUUAGUUGGAGUGAAUCCUGGAGGUGAAUCAGACACUGGGGGAGUCCUUGAUGCUAGAGAUCCACUAAUUGAGAAGAAGGCAGAAGUUGAUGCGUGCCGAAGAAAGGCAGAGGAAGAGAGAGCAAAACAUGUAAAGGCAAUUCAAGUUACAAGGGCAAUGACUCUCAACAAUAUCCAGACUGGGUUGCCUGGUGUUUUUCAGGCGAUGGUCGGGUUCUCAGGAAUUUGCACCGAGGCCUUAGGAACUGUUUACCAACACACUGGGGCUGCUAAGUAAAAAAACAGAAGGAAAAUAUUUCUUUCUUAUUUUUCUUCAUUUUUUCCUUUUUCAUUCUUCAGAAAAAGAUCAUGAGGAGAAUGAGGGAGAUUUAUGAGUGAGUGUCUUUUGAGGGCUUGUGCCUAGUAGUCUAUUGGUUUGGAGGUCUAGUCUUGCACGGUAUGUCGCGUGUUCGAAUCCCACGCUUACCAAUAAAUGAAGUACAAAUUGUGUUAUAUGUAGAUAUGAUGACGAUGCUCUGACCAAGGGAGAGUUUUGUUUUCCUUAAUUUAUUUUUUAUUUUUUUGCAAUUUUGUUUUUUUUAAUAUGUAUGUACAUGAAUUGUAGGAUCUGUGUAUCGGUUGAGUUACUGGCCAUGUUCGACCAGCCAUAUUCGUCAAUAAAGUGCUCUUUUUCGUCGAA